GGAGGUCGGGCGGCGCUGAGGCACCGGGUGAGCGAGCGGAGCGGAGCGGCCACGAUGCUGAUCAAAGUGAAGACGCUGACCGGGAAAGAGAUAGAGAUUGAUAUCGAACCGACAGACAAGGUGGAAAGAAUAAAGGAGCGGGUGGAAGAGAAGGAAGGCAUCCCGCCUCAGCAGCAGCGACUCAUCUACAGCGGCAAGCAAAUGAACGAUGAGAAAACAGCGGCCGACUACAAGAUCCAGGGCGGGUCGGUCCUCCACUUGGUCCUAGCCCUGCGUGGCGGCCUGCGAUGAUGGCGUCCCCCGAUCCCCGCCGUGCCCCCCUUUCCCCAAAGCCGCCGGAUGUGGGUGCCCCUCGUGUCCGUGGGAGGCCCAUCGGAUUCGGCGCAUCCCGCAGCCCCCCGUUUCUCCCGAAUCCCGGGAGGACGGCCUGCCAGAUGUCUGCUCCUUGGCGAGCUGUCCUCGGAGAGGGGCGUCGGUGGGUUGUGUGUUCGGGGAGCGGGGUGCUCUUUAAGUUAUUGGGGUGUAGCAUCCGGCCAGCUGCGUGUGGGUAAGGGUCCAUUUGCUGCUUCCCCCCC